AUAACUACUUUCAUUUAGGCCUCGAAGGGUUUGGCCGAGGAACUCCGCCUCGAUGGCUACCGCCGCACCUCCACCGUCGAAGCGCCGUCGGCAGGACCAGCACGAUAAGGCAAUCAGCGAGAGCUCCGCAACGAAGGGGAACACGCCUCUGGUGGUCUUCGCACAUGGCGCCGGAGCCCCGUCCACUUCCGAGUGGAUGCUCAGAUGGAAGAAAAAGAUUGAGGAAGAAUUGAAUGCCAUUGUUGUCACUUUUGACUAUCCCUAUAUAUCUGGUGGAAAACGCAAGGCUCCUCCCAAAGCAGAAAAGUUAGUCGAUCAUCACUUGGAUGUUGUAAAAGAUGCAGUUAGCAAACAUCCUGGGCAUCCUCUUGUUUUGGUAGGAAAGUCCAUGGGAUCAAGAGUGAGCUGCAUGGUGACUACAAAAGAAGAUAUCCCUGUCGCAGCAAUUGUUUGCUUGGGCUAUCCACUAAAGGGAAUCAAUGGAGCAAUCCGUGAUGAGACUUUGUUGCAGCUAGAAACUCCAACUAUUGUUCGUGCAGGUCUGAUUCAUGGGAAGCAAGGAUGGUUUACGCCCACUGGAUAAGUUGGAAAACACUCGAAAGAAAAUGAAGUGUCCCAGUGUGCUGCAUGUAAUUGAUGGAGGUGAUCAUUCGUUCAAAAUUGGAAAGAAGCAACAACAGUCAACUGGGGUGGGUCAAGAUGAAGCUGAACAAGGAGCUAUGAAAGCAAUGGCUGAAUUUGUCAGCAAGUCUAUCCCCGAAGAAGAGGGACGUGUAUGAGACACUUUUAAAUCUAAUGGCUGUUAGCACUAGUAAUCCUCCUUUUAAAUUUAAUGUAGUUAUCAUCUGCUCGUUUUCAGUUUGGUGCAACAUUUAUGUAACUUAAGCAGAGUGGUUAUUUUGAAGUACUUUAUGCAUGGCAUACGCUGGUGGAAAUGUGAAUGAAAUAAUGAGGUGGAGACGAAGAGAUUUUAUUGUGCA